UCCCUGCGAAGAGCUGACGCUGACACCACGGAGCCAGCCUGAGUCCGAUCAGAGAAGCCCCGCCCACCAAGGCCAUGGAGGUGGAGGCCUCGGAGGCCUGGUCCCCAGCCCCUGGCUACAAGCGCUCUGGCCGCCGCUACAAGUGCCUGUCCUGUACCAAGACAUUUCCAAACGCUCCCAGGGCAGCGCGCCAUGCUGCAACACACGGGUCUGCAGACUGCACGGAGGAGGUGGCCGAGGUGAAGCCAAAGCCGGAGACAGAAGCCAAGGCGGAGGAAGCCAGUGGGGACAAGUUGUCUGGAUCAGCAGCUAAGCCUCGGCCCUACGCGUGCCCGUUGUGCCCCAAGGCCUACAAGACGGCACCCGAGCUGCGCAGCCACGGUCGCAGCCACACGGGCGAGAAGCCCUUCCCGUGCCCCGAGUGUGGCCGUCGCUUCAUGCAACCUGUGUGCCUGCGCGUGCACCUGGCCUCGCACGCCGGCGAGCUGCCCUUCCGUUGUGCGCACUGCCCCAAGGCCUACGGUGCGCUCUCCAAGCUCAAGAUCCACCAGCGCGGUCACACCGGCGAGCGGCCCUACACCUGCGCCGACUGUGGCAAGAGCUUCGCCGACCCCUCAGUGUUCCGCAAGCACCGGCGAACACACGCGGGGCUACGGCCCUACAGCUGUGAGCGCUGUGGCAAAGCCUACGCGGAACUAAAGGACCUGCGCAACCACGAGCGGUCCCACACUGGUGAGCGCCCCUUCCUCUGCUCCGAGUGCGGGAAGAGCUUCUCCCGCUCUUCGUCACUCACGUGCCACCAGCGCAUCCACGCCGCGCAGAAGCCCUAUCGCUGCCCGGCCUGCGGCAAGGGCUUCACGCAGCUCAGCUCCUACCAGAGCCAUGAGCGCACCCACUCGGGCGAGAAGCCCUUCCUGUGCCCGCGCUGCGGCCGCAUGUUCUCCGACCCCUCGAGCUUCCGGCGCCACCAGCGUGCGCACGAGGGCGUGAAGCCUUACCGCUGCGAGAAGUGCGGCAAGGAUUUCCGGCAGCCGGCAGACCUGGCCAUGCACCGGCGCGUGCACACAGGCGACCGGCCGUUCAAGUGCCUGCAGUGCGACAAAACUUUUGUGGCGUCCUGGGACCUCAAGCGACACGCGCUGGUGCACUCAGGCCAGCGGCCCUUCCGCUGCGAGGAGUGUGGGCGUGCCUUCGCUGAGCGCGCCAGCCUCACCAAGCACAGCCGCGUGCACUCGGGGGAGCGCCCUUUCCACUGCAACGCCUGCGGAAAGUCCUUUGUGGUCUCAUCAAGCCUGAGGAAGCAUGAGCGGACCCAUCGUAGCAGUGAGGCUGCAGGGGCUCCCCCACAGCAGGAGCUGGUAGUGGGGUUGGCGCUGCCUGUGGGCGUGGCAGGUGAGGGCUCAGCCGCCCCAGCAGCAGGUGCGGAACUAGGGGACCCUCCAACAGGGCUGCUAGAGCUACCCCCGGAGCCAGGUGGUGUGAUGGCCACACAGUGGCAGGUGGUGGGCAUGACGGUGGAGCAUGUGGAGUGCCAGGAUGCUUGUGUUGGGGAGGCUCCUGGUCCCUUGGGUGGGGCAGGUGAGGUGGGGGGUGAGGAGGUUGACGAGAAGCCACCACAGUUUGUGUGCCGCGAGUGCAAGGAGACCUUCUCCACGCUGACGUUGCUGCGGCGGCACGAGCGCUCACACCCGGAGCUCCGGCCCUUUCCCUGCACCCAGUGCGGCAAGAGCUUCUCAGACCGGGCCGGGCUGCGCAAGCACAGCCGCACACACAGCUCUGUGCGCCCCUACACCUGCCCUCACUGUCCCAAGGCCUUCUUGAGUGCCAGUGACCUGCGCAAGCACGAACGAACCCACCCCGUGUCCAUCGGGACCCCCACGCCCCUGGAGCCCCUUGUGGCUUUGCUAGGAAUGCCUGAAGAGGGGCCAGCCUGAAGCCCGUGCCUCACCCCAAGCCCCACGCUCCCAGGAACCCAGCACCCCAGGGUGCCUCCCGAACCCCUUUUGCCCCAGCUCACUCUUUAGACUCCAGAUCCCUGCCCCUGAGCAAUUAGCUCAGCUGUCGCCCAACUGAGAGAGCUGGGAACAGUAGAGGCUGGCAGCAGCUGUGAGAGACGUGGUUCUCUCUGAGCAACAUCAUU